CUAGGAGCCAUAAGAACCAGGGUUCCAACGCAGUAUUCACAAUCAUUCCCUCUGCCACCCUUCACAAAACGGAGGCCUCCAGGCUGUCCCGCGAAAGGACUUGCAGCAGCCCAAGCUCCAAGACGCUCCCUCUGGCGUCUAGGACGUUCCCAGCGUCUUCCCGACCUUCUUGAGGCCGGGCGACCUCAGGCCAUCUACCAAUCAAGCCCCGCCCGCCUCUGCAGUGCCUGGGUUGGAGCUCUCUGGACCCGACUCUGCCACUCCUUUGCUUCCUUCUCUCCCAUUGGCCCCUGGGAGACGGAGGCAGGUUUUCUUUCUUUCUUUUUUUUUUUUUUUAAAUCUUCUGGGCAGGGCCCAAUCAAGGGAGGGUCGGGUCUUUGAUGUCUUUUUUUUUUGCCCGGUUCCAAGAUGGCGCUCAUGACCACGCUGAGAAUGCAGCGUGAAGCCGCAGUCCUGCCAUUACUCAAGAUGACUGCCCCCAUCAAGAUGACCGGGGUGUGCCGGGGAAAAAGGGGCAGCAUGAUAGUCUGAGACGGUCUAGCAUCGGACCAUGUGGAAGUUUCUGGGACUGGGGAGUCGGAUGAUGGGGGGUGGGACCCGUGCGGGGUAGAGGGAGCAAUAGCGUCCUUUCUCAGGCUAAUCCCGGCCCCUCCCCUGUUCUCUGGACUGAAAUGGGGAACACACUGGGCCUGGCACCGAUGGGGGCUUUGCCCCGCCGGAGCCCCCGGCGAGAGGAGCCUCUGCCUAACCCUGGGAGCUUCGAUGAGCUGCACCGGCUCUGCAAAGAUGUGUUCCCAGCACAGAUGGAGGGAGUGAAGCUCGUUGUCAACAAGGUUCUGAGCAGCCAUUUCCAGGUGGCUCACACCGUGCACAUGAGUGCCCUGGGCUUGCCCGGGUAUCACCUCCAUGCGGCCUAUGCAGGAGACUGGCAACUGAGCCCCGCCGAGGUGUUCCCCACUGUGGUGGGGGAUAUGGACAGCAGUGGCAGCCUCAACGCCCAGGUCCUGCUCCUCUUGGCAGAGCGGCUCCGAGCCAAGGCUGUCUUCCAGACGCAGCAAGCCAAGUUCCUGACGUGGCAGUUUGAUGGCGAGUACCGGGGAGAUGACUACACAGCCACUCUGACCCUAGGGAAUCCUGACCUGAUUGGGGAAUCGGUGAUCAUGGUGGCUCACUUCCUGCAGAGCCUCACCCAUCGGCUGGUGCUGGGAGGAGAGCUAGUUUAUCACCGGCGGCCAGGCGAGGAGGGCGCCAUCCUGACACUGGCUGGAAAGUACUCGGCGGUGCACUGGGUAGCCACACUGAAUGUGGGGUCAGGUGGGGCCCAUGCAAGCUAUUACCACAGGGCAAACGACCAGGUCCAGGUUGGAGUGGAAUUUGAGGCCAACACAAGGCUACAAGACACAACCUUCUCCUUCGGUUACCACCUGACUCUGCCCCAGGCCAACAUGGUGUUUAGAGGCUUGGUGGACAGUAACUGGUGUGUGGGUGCUGUGCUGGAGAAGAAGAUGCCCCCCUUGCCCGUCACCCUGGCCCUUGGAGCCUUCCUCAACCACUGGCGCAACAGAUUCCACUGUGGCUUCAGCAUCACUGUGGGCUGAGGUGCUCCCAGGGCCUGCCCCUCACAGACGCUGGAACCUCCGAGGCAGGUGCCCUAGGGCCAGAGACUAGGCCCCCUCUCCAGAGCGCACCUUGCCGGGUGACCUCUGGGUCCCAGGAGCAGAGCAGGGGAUAGGACCGUGCCCUCCUCAGAACUGGAGCCGCCACAGGGGCAGCUGCUGGGGCCGUGGUGUGUGGCCCCCACCUCCGCCACCAGCUCCAAGGUCUUUUUCCCAUGCUCUGUGGCUCUGGACUAAGGGAGAAGGAGUAAGGGGUGUGUCUGGCUGACUUUUCUCCCCUCACAUCCCCCUUCUUCGUUUUCCUAUCAAUUAAAGCUCCUAGCUUCUUCCUCUUCA